AUGUUACUGUACAGAUCCAGAACUGUCUAUAGGCUGCUCGUGUCCACUCGCUCGGUUACUCGCCGCAUGCUACUCUACUUUCCUCAUUCCCUCAGCGGGCACCAGAGAAGAGCUCGGCACCUGCUCUGCGGUCUCCUUCCAGCAUGGAUGCGCUGAAAUCCGCUGGGAGAGCAAUAAUAAAAAGUCCAGGAGUUCCGCGGCACACAUGGGGAACGUCCAAGCAUGAAAAGCUGCCAGAGAACUGGACAGACACCAAAGAGACACUCCUGGAAGGCAUGGUGUUCAAUGUGAAGUAUCUGGGCAUGACUCUGGUUGGUCAACCUAAAGGAGAAGACAUGGCAGCAGCUGCCAUCAGGAGGAUUGUAACUACGGCUCGGGCCAGCGCAAAGAAGUUUCGGAAAGUGACCCUCACUGUUUCCCCCAAAGGAAUCAUCAUCGCAGACACAGAGACUAAUGACCUCGUUGAGGAUGUGUCCAUUUACAGAAUAUCUUACUGCACAACUGACAAAACUCAGGAUAAGGUCUUCGCCUAUGUCUCUCAAAGCCAGUUCAAUGAAACUCUGGAGUGUCAUGCCUUCCUGUGCCAAAAAAAGAAAAUAGCUCAGGCUGUGACUCUGACAGUUGCUCAAGCUUUUAAAAUAGCUCUGGAUCUCUGGGAAAUUGCACAGGAAGACAAAGGCAAGAAAGCCCGCACAUGCUUCUCCUUUUCAGACCCCAAAUCUCAACCUGAAUCAGAGCCAAAGAGUGUUUCAGAGGAGAAGACUCAGGCUCUGAUGGAGCACAAACCGAGGAAGCCCUUCUUCCCCUCCUUUCUUUCUCCAUCUCCACGCAGCAGCAACAGGAGACGGCCAAUCAAACAUGACUCCUGGGAUGCAGAAGAUGGCCUCGAUGAUGCCUUCUCAAGACUGGCCACAUCCCGCAGCAGAACCCUGUCUGAAGAUGCAGCUGUGAGUCCAGCAGAAGAAGAUCUCCUCUCCUUCAGCAGUGAUGACUCAGACUGAACAUACACACACACACGCACGCACGCACACACACUCUUUCACCAGCCUGUCAGAAAGAGUCCUGAACACACAACACAUACUGUUACGUGCAGCUAAUGCCUCAGUGAUGGAAUCAUUCACAGCACUGCCACUGAAAACAGCAAACAGCACCACAAAACAGCAGCACAGAUGAGAAUGAUUCAGAUACACUGUAUGGAUUUUACAAUAUAAUACUGUAAAUUCAGGGUAGGUAGAUGAUGAAACAACAUGUAAGAAACUGCAUGUUGUUAUAUAUUAUACUCAAGCAUUUGUGUAAUUGAAUAUAAUGUAAAGAGUGCAAAUCUUUUCAACACAUUGGUGCUAUAUUGUAGAUACUUGGGUUAUUGAAAUACAUACUUGAAAAGAAGACCAAAUGUACACAGAAAUGCACACAGAACAUUUAGCACAGCAUUCUUCAAGACUCCCACAACAUUCAUUUUAAUGUCAGAUCACUUUGGUCAUCUCAGUCGAGCGCUUUACACUGAACAAAAGCCACAGCAAAGCUCUCUGGUGAGUGUUUAAACAUCAGAGGAUGAACUGUAAGUGUUAAAGAACUUAAUAUGUGCAGUUACAGACUCUACUGUUGUUCAGGACAUCAAUUUUUAACAUUAUUUUUUAGAAACAUGUUAGGAUUUGUACACCACACUUAACCCUGGGUUAUCAUCACUUCAAACACUGCUUUUAAACUUGGCACAUUCACUAAGAAUUCACAUUUGUAUGUGAAAUCUGUUUACGAACAUUUUCACAAAUUAAUAUUCACCAAAUCUUCUAAAUGAACCUUGAUUAGCCUGUUUGAGUACAAAAUAGUAGGACUGUACAGUAGCUGUGUCCAAAAUCACCCCUAUAGCCUUAAACUAAGAUCAAAUUCAUGUUUUUAUACUGUACAUGACACUAAUAUAAAAGUUAGUUUAGUUAGAAAUCGACAAAUACACACUGACUCUUUGAUUUAAAGAGCAAAUCUAAAAAAAAUGCAUUCUCUGCAUAUGCUGUUGAUUAUUUGUGCAAUUUUAAUUGCAUUAUGGGACCCUUAUCGGAUUUAAAAGUGGGUAUUAGGAGAUCUAAAAUCAUAACUGAUGAAAACUCUGUCAAAUAUUGCACGGUAUAGAGCAAAAUUAGUUUAAACUUGUCUAUAACCUGGCACAUAAUCACAGAAUAGGGGGACAAUCAAUGGCUUGCAAUUCACUUUGCGUUGAGUGGCUCUUUGCCUCCAUGUUGUGUAUUUAAAAAUCCUAUCUUAAACGUCUGUCUGGAAAACUUGAUUCUGAUUGGUCAGUCAUUCCAAGGCAUGUUAUUCCCAUAUAUAGCAACCACUGAAACUAAUAACGCUAGCUUAUCUAGGUACUGUGAGUCAUCUUGACAGUGAGUAAAUACGUUCACAUCAAUAUUGUCUGACUCUGCAACUGCUUUUGACUGUUUGGCGCCAUCUUGUGACUGAAUAAUAUUUAGGUUAGUGUAUGCUCCAUUCAGCCAUUUUUUUCUUCUCAGCUUUACCUUUAAUUAAAGUAUUGAUAAACUAUCAUGGCUAAGAACAAAGUCUGGCAAGUAGCCAUGCAAAAACCAGGAUAAAGUACAUCCAGGCGGUUGUUAUUGUAAAACAAAGCCCUUAGUCUUAUACAACAGUCCUUUGCUUCAUACUGGGCUGUCGAUAAGCCUGUCAGGCUUUAUUCUGUGAUUAAAAACUACCUGGGCAUAAUUUAUCCUUUACUUAAUGUACAGCAAUCCAUUGAUUAUCCCAUAUAUAUAGAGAAAAAGGGAGUGAAACAUUGAGUAAACAGUGUUUAAGAUGGAGGGAUAGUGUCUGAUGUGGGAUAGCUGUGCUACGGUGGAUUUGCUCUUCAGUGUUUGAACUUUCAGCCGUGAAACUUAAAUCACACUGAACUAAACUUCAACUCAGAAAUCUAGACUUUACUAGAACUAUGUUAAGCUGCUUUGACACACUCUACAUUGUGAUUUGCGCUAUAUAAAUAACCAUGAAAUGAAUUCAAUUGAUGUCACCUUAGCUGCAGGGGGGAUUUUUAUGUUUAUAGGCCGAAAAGUAAAUUCAAUCAGCAAUAUGUUAUCAGUCAUUUCAAAGACUCACAUAACAAAUGUGCAAAUAAGAACAUUACCCCGGUUUUAAGAUUGUACAGUGUAAAACCUCAGUGUAUGAAUACCCAGUAAAAAUUAUUAAUCAGGGUAAAUAACCAGCAUUGUGAAACAAAUAUUUCAGGAUUCAGUUUAAUGGGAGUUAAAUGACCCAGGGUUAACUAGUGAGAAAAGCACUAUACUGUGGGUCAUGGGACACUUGCUUUAGCAAUCAGAAACUAUUUACUGUGAAUCACGUAAUUUUUAAACAUUUGAAUAAGGCCUCAAAACACUCAUGUUCUUUCUUCAUGACCUAGUAUAGUCUGUUCCUGCACAUCUGCUUCAAACCAUAUUUUUAGAUUUUUUGUAGUAUUAUUACCAUAUCAUUUAUGUUUAGAACACAUUUAGAGCACAACUAUUUCACCAUUUGGCUAUAUGUCUAAUGUAAACUUAGUUAUUAUAU